CAUCCCAACAAAAUUACAAUCGGGUUCAGAGUGAACAACUAGAGCGAUGAAACUUGUUACUUAUAUAUCCUUUUGGACGACAGCACUCCUACUUCUACUCCCAAGUGUGCUAGAAGCUAAAAUAUUACCUGGAUUUAAACAAAAGCACUUUAGGUUAAAUCCUAGAACAAAUCAGACGAGCGACAAUGCCACGACAAGUGCCGGAGAAAAGAGUCUUUCUAAUGGAAGUAAGUUAGAAGCAUUUUACAAUCAUUGCCAGCCGAUAUACAGGGAAGAGCAUUUUGACGCCCAUUUCAUCAGAGGCAUGGUGGGUGCAAUUAUGGAUCGCCUUCAUGAGCUGUGCGUUUUCAAGUCCAUUCAUCCCCUGGUACUGAUGACUUUCACGGAAACCCUUUAUUGUGGCGGAAGUCUCGCGGAGGCCAUCGACCAUAUUGAAGAGAUAUUAUUCGGAAAAUUGGACAAAAGUUGCACCGAAAGAAAUGGAUUCAAUGCCUAUUUUAUUACGACUACCGCGGAUCAUACUAAUCACGAAACUCUUUAAAAAAUAAUACUAAAAGCAGACUGGCUUUUGUUUUUUUUUUUUUUUGUAUGACAUACAUUUUAAACAAAUAAAUAUCCGAAGUUUAUAUA